AGCCGUCAGCAGAUCACUUGCUCUCACGCUGAUCACUUUGGGAAAGAAAAAGAGGUCAGGGAACGUUUGUUCGGUGGCCGCUGUUAAUGGCGGCGCCGCUGCUCCCCUCCCUGCUGCUCUCGCUGCACAUCGCGGUGCUACUGCUGCUGCUGCUGCUGAUCCCCUGCUCCUGCCAGGUCGGGGAUUCGUGUUCCUCCGCCCGCGACUGCGGUACGGGCCUGUACUGCGGGAACUGCGCGGCCACCGGCAGGACCCGGCCCUCCUGCAUCAGGGACCUCGCCAUCCAGCCCACCUCCAUUGUGAAGGGGCUGCCCUUUAAUAGAUACUCAUGGCUCGUGACCCACAAUUCCUUCUCCAUUCUCGGCCAGCCAUCUCGCACCGGCGUCGAGAGGGUGACGUUCUACAACCAGGAGGACUCUGUCACCAACCAAUUGAGGAAUGGAGUGAGGGGAUUGAUGCUUGAUAUGUACGACUUCAAUGAUGAUGUAUGGCUUUGCCACUCCUUGCAAGGGCAAUGCUACAACUUCACUGCUUUCGAACCAGCACUUGACACACUUAAAGAGGUGGAAGCUUUUCUCUCUGAGAAUCCCACGGAGAUUGUGACAAUAUUCAUCGAGGAUUAUGUUCAUUCACCAAUGGGAUUGAGCAAGGUCUUUACUGCUGCUGACUUGAUGAAGUAUUGGUACCCUAUCUCGGAAAUGCCAACUAAUGGCAAGGACUGGCCAAGCGUCACAGAUAUGGUUGCAAAGAACCGCAGGUUGCUAGUUUUCACUUCUGAUGCUUCAAAGGAAGCUAGCGAAGGAAUAGCUUACCAAUGGAGCUACUUGCUGGAGAAUGAAUCUGGAGAUCCAGGGAUUGUGCCCGGCUCUUGUCCAAAUAGAAAGGAAUCGCAGCCACUGAACUCAGGAUCUGCAUCUCUAUUUCUGCAAAAUUAUUUCCCCACGAUUCCUGUAGAGAAUGAAGCAUGUAAAGAGAAUUCUGUUGGGCUGCCACAGAUGGUCCAAGCUUGUUAUGCCGUGGCUGGAAAUAGAAUCCCCAACUUCAUAGCUGUGAAUUUCUACAUGCGAAGCGAUGGUGGUGGUGUUUUUGAUGUUCAAGACAGAAUCAAUGGCCUCACAUUAUGUGGUUGCAACACCAUUGCUGCUUGCCAGGCUGGGGCACCAAUGAGUGCAUGCAAGAACAUGGGGGCACCUAAUCGGACUUCUUCCUCCUCCACCUCCUCUGUAAAUGGAAACGUCUAUUCAGGAACUAUAGAAUUCAAGACACAUCCCUCUGUUGCCAGCAGUACUUCCAUCCGGAGUAGUUUUGUUGUUUUGCUAAGUCUGUUGUUGACUUUAAAGCUGUUUUGAUCUUUCAGGCUUCAGUUUUCACUUCUCCAUGGUUUUUCUUUUCUAUAGAAGAAAUUUAAUAUUGGCAUUUGUUGUAAGCUUGUUUCUCUGUUCGGAUGACGGUUAGUAACUUACUAGCUUUCUGAUAUAGAUUUCAAAGUGUGAGUAGAUGACAGUUGUCUCAAUGUUGAUAAACAAUGAGUAUGCAAUAUAUGGUAGCAGUUUCACUUUGUUCUGCC